CUAAUAGUCUCAAGCCCGUCUUAUGGAAUGUGAACUCGUUGGCUUAUUUUAAGAGAGGAACGGAACGAAGAAAGGAGUCAAAGCGGGGGACCCAGGCCCGCAACGGGAGCCCAAUCGGGUCGAGAGGGACACAUAACGAUCCGGUAACUCGAGCGGAACACCAAUUGAGUUCACAGAAGGUCGCUUGGUGGAGGCAAAGCUGUAUCAGGCUGAAUAGGUGGUGACGAACUAUAAUACUACGGCGUUGUCUUGUGGAAUCAGGAUGGAGGUAGUCCCGAUACAGGUGGAGACGUACAAGCUGGGGUUCAUAGGAGCAGGGAAAAUGGCAGAGAGCAUAGCGAGAGGUGUGGUAAAAUCAGGUUUGCUGCCUCCGCAACGUAUCUGCACUUCUCACUCGAAUCCCAAUCGCCGCAUUGUCUUCGAAUCCUUCGGCGUCAAACUCCUUCCCAACAACGACGCCGUUGUUGAAGACAGUGAUGUGGUUAUUUUUUCAGUAAAACCCCAAGUUGUGAAAGAUGUGGUCUUGAAGUUGAGGCCACUGCUUUCCAAGAAGAAGCUUUUGGUUUCAAUUGCUGCCGGAAUAAAAUUGAAGGAUCUAGAGGAAUGGGCUGGUCAUAGCCGAUUUAUAAGAGCGAUACCAAAUACUCCUUCUGCUGUUGGAGAGGCAGCAACAGUUAUGAGCUUGGGAGGGGCUGCUACAGAAGAUGAUGGGGAACUAGUUGCUAAUUUAUUUGGAUCAGUUGGCAAGAUAUGGAGAGCUAAUGAGAAACUGUUUGAUGCAAUUACUGGUCUCAGUGGCAGCGGUCCGGCAUAUAUAUAUUUGGCAAUUGAAGCUUUGGCUGAUGGAGGUGUUGCUGCAGGUCUCCCACGAGAACUCGCAUUGGCUUUAGCUUCUCAGACUGUUCUGGGAGCAGCAUCUGUGGCCACUCAGACAGGAAAGCAUCCAGGUCAGCUCAAAGAUGAUGUUACAUCGCCUGGUGGGACCACAAUCGCUGGUAUUCACGAGUUGGAGAAGGGUGGAUUUCGUGGAACAUUGAUGAAUGCAGUGGUUGCAGCAGCAAAGCGGAGCCGGGAGCUCUCCCAGAGUUGAAUCAUUAUGAUGAUAUUGCUCAUCGUUCAUCACUUGCAGCAGCAUUUGAAACCAGCGUUUUUUUGGGGAAAAAAUAAUAAUCUUUAGUUGCUACCUCUCAUCACCUUAUUGACAUCCAAAGAAAAGGUUCCAGGUUAGGGAUUUCCAUUUUGGUUGUUAUUUUUGGCUGGAUCCUAAUAACUUGUUGAGUUUAUUAAAUUAAAUAUUAUAGGUUGGUAAUAAUUAAUUUAAAAUAUAUUUAUAAAACAA